GUAAUGCGAGAGCUCCUCCUGGAGUAAGAAAAGCUUGGUGCGUCAACAAAGUGGAUGAAACUUUACAUGCUUACCUACAUAUGUACUCUACUAUUAAUAGUCGUAGCAGCAGUUUUUGAUAUUUUGUAAUGGUAGUAAGUACACACCUCGUACAGUCUGGAAAUAGUGGAGACGUGAAGAAUGAACGUAUAAGAAAGCCCUUAGCGUGGCUCAUACCUUGCAGGUUACAAUUGUAGGCACUUGGAAAGGGAGAGUCGACUGAGUGAACCCUAACUCAUGUUACGUUGAGAAUGGAAAGGGACAUGCAAUAAAUUUAAUAAUGGGAAGCCAAUGUUUCAUGAAUGGGUUUGUGGAGUGGGCCCUCCGCCCGGUAUUCGACAGGAAGGAAGGAGAAACAUUUCCAUGAUUGCACGCAAUAAUUGCUAGCCACCCUUUUCGAUCUCACUCAACUCCGGCUUUGUGCUGCUAUUGCUCGUUCAAAUUGGUCGAAUGUAAUAUUCAAUAUUCAACGAUGGUAAUGAGAAUCGUCACGUCAUGAGCGGUAUUCGGACCGAUUGCCUAGUUUAUCUAGUUAUGAGUUGUCAUGUUGAAUAAAUGUGACAAAAAUUGAAUGUUUUUCGAGGAAUGAAAAUUUUGAAAUAAUUUUGAACCAGCAUAUUAUAGCUUAUUUUGCAAGUUGUGUCCCCCUUUUUGUACAGGUGCGUUUUUGUAAAGGAUGGCGGAAGGGAGAAAUCCGACCUUGGGAUGUGGCUUUGGCUGUGUGGGCGCCCGGUGUGGGUGGGUUCCGCCCCCUCGUCUCGUUUUCCCCAGAAGAGAUCCCUUAAUCGACGCCGUGGGGAGGACGGAUAACCCGUGCGACCGCCCCGCUCGAUGCCCUCCCUGCUGCAAACCGACUCCGAAGUUCCGACUGCCAAGAGAAAAGCCCGAGUGUGACAUCAACUGCUACCGACAGGAGCAGGCGGAGGCCAAGAUCCAAGAAUAUUGGGAACAACGUCAAAAAUAUUUGGACCGCUACUGCCCGUGCCCCCCUCCACAGUGCGAGAUUGAAAUUCUGGACCCAUGCAAAUACCCCGUGGCAGUAGAAAUGCCUGAGGACGAGUCUCCUGAGAAUGUGUGGCGUCUAAAGGACCAACCAUGUAGAACAAAUAUAAUUGCCGGAUUUUUCAAUCCCAACGACAACGUUCCAAUCGAAGAGAUGCGGAGGCGACGGUGCGACCCAUUCUUCAAAUCCUGUGGACCCGAUGGUCUUGCUCCCUACCCUUGUCGAGGAGUGAUCAAUUCUCCCAGGCAGGCAUGGGUAAGUCUGGCUCAAGAGCAGCGUCUGUGCGUUCCGGAGGAUUGUGAGGGGUCACCAUAUCUGGACCCCGACUACCUCGCUCAACAACAGCAGAUUCGCGACCAGAUGGAGCAAGAAAAGAGGUUGGAAAGGGACCAGAAGAGUAUGUUGACCCGGUCAAACCAACAUCCAUGCUGCCCUGAAAAGUUCUCUCAGAGUCCCUACUGCCUCUGCAACAAAAAUUUUUGCUAAUUCGCCACCUCUGGAUUUGUGCACGCUUCCAAAAUUUGAUAUGAUUUGUUGACUAAGAAAAGAUAGAAAAUAGUAAAUAAAGAGUGAAUUUCAGACACUUUUAUAACACGGGCUCAAAAAGAGAGAGGAAUAUGACACGACAAAAGAGUGAAUUUAUUUAAAACAAAAGUGAUCAAGUUUUCACGAACCCCGUCGUUAUAUUUUAUCCCUUAACACAGAUUAUCAUUAUUUUAUUACUGUUUGCAGUUGUAAUUAAUUAGAGAUAUAUAUAUUUUCUACUUUACAUAAUAAUAAUAUACUCCUCGCUUUGAAAUCGACUGAUUCACAGGACAAAUAAUCAUUUUAUACGUCACAGAGUCGUCUAGAAAUAUCUGGCGAUUUUUUAUAUAGAAACAUCAGUUUAGUGUUGUACAGUUGUAGAUUGCAGACUUAUACAAAAGGGUUGGUUUUGAUAGAGGUACGUACAUAAUAAUAAUAAAA